UCAAGCCAGCUAAGGGUGGAGGGGAGGCGGCGACGGCUCCUCCGAGUUCCGCUUUGAGGCUGCCUCGAAGGGAUCUCUGGGUGUGUUGUGUGCUGACAGAUCAAGUCGCCAAAGUGCCCUUGCUAGCUUUCUACCACCGGGGAAAACAAAAAAAGCCAGCUUAAGUUUCUCGGGAGGCGAGAAAGCCACCGGCCGCCGCUGAGGAGGAAGAAGAAGCGCCCGUCUUCAUCCCGACGGGUUUGAAGCAAGAUUUCCCUGCUUGACUAGAGGGGGCUGGACUAGAAGACCUCCAAGGCCCCUUCCAGUUCUGAUUGAGUCUAGCCGGAGAGGUCGGAGCAGAAGAACUGGGGGGCGGCUGCCCGGGCUGUCAACGAGGACUUCGCGUCCGCGACCUGAAGGAGGAGUGGGGGGGUAGGGAAAAUUGCGUGGGUGGGUGCGGGGACCUGGAGGCACGUGCGCGGGGGAGAAAGCGAGACCUCCGCGGCUUCGACCGCCCUCUGGGAGGAAGCUUUCCCUCCCCCACGAAAGGAGCGCUUCCUUUUCUUCCUCUUUUGGAAGGGACGCCUCGGGGCGGAUUCGUCCUGCCCCCCCCCGCCCACUCCUCCUCCUCCUCCUCCUCCCCCGGCUCCUGAGUGAAAAGUUUUGUGACUUCAAGCGCUUUUAUGACUUCAGCGGCUUGGAGGCUCUUAGCAACCCCUAUGAGCUGGCGCGGCGUCUCCGCCGUCGGGCCUGGUGGCGGGGAAAGGCAGCCGUUAAUCCCGCGGGGCGGCCGCUGGGGCGGCGGGAUGUUCUGCUUGGCCCAAGGCGCGGCCUUCAUCCCCACGCUCCUGGUCUCCUGGUCGUCGGCCGCCUUCAUCCUCUCCUAUGCGAUCGCCGUGCUCAGCGGCCAUGUGGAGCCGCUUUUCCCGUACAUCAGUGAUACAGGAGCAAAACCUCCAGAAAGUGGUAUCUUUGGAUUUAUGAUUAAUGUUUCUGCGUUCUUAGGUGCAGUUACAAUGUAUGCAAAAUAUUUAAUUGUAAAGAAACAAAAUGAUAUGACACAUUUUAUUUCCCCUUGUUUCAACUUACUGACAUUAUACGUUGGAAUUCUGGGUUGCAUUGGAUUGGGCAUUGUUGCAAGUUUUCAGGAGUUAGCAGUUCCUGCUGUCCAUGAUGGGGGCGCUCUUUUGGCUUUUGUCUCUGGUGCUCUCUACGUUUUUCUUCAAACAAUUAUCUCUUACAAAUCACGACCACAAUGGAGCACCCCGUGUGUAUGUCACACAAGAUUAUUUCUCUCUGUAAUGACUUGGGUAGCUGUCAUUCCCAUGAUUGCAUGUGCUUCAUUAAUAUCCAUUACAAAAAUAGAUUGGAAUCCAGGUGAAAAGGAUUAUGUGUACCAUUUUGUAAGUGCAGUCUGCGAAUGGACAGUAGCCUUCAGCUUUGUGUUCUUCUUCUUAACAUAUAUCAGAGACUUUCAGGGAGUUACCAUACAGAUAUCAACAGAAAUUCAUGGAAACCUCUGACCACUUUUUGUUAUAGUUAGCUGGAUUUGGGGGAAGGUGUUAUAAACAGUUGCAAUGGCCAAGAUUGACCUGGCAUGAACCUGAUGCAUCACUCCUGCAAAUUGUAUAAUCAUUGUCAAGAAAAAAAAACACGUCUUUUUAAUUUUAGGCUAUUAACUUUCCUAUGUAACCAAUCUACUAAUAAUCUUUUGUAUUAUAAAUACAUUUUUAGGGUUUUUUUAAAAUAGAGGACCUCUGAAAUAUGUAAUCACUAAGGAAUAAAUGUUUAUCUACUGUAA